CUCGCCAGAGGGGAAUAUUAUUAUUCCCAAGAAUCUCGUGGCAAAACAACAACAGACAUUCGACUAUCUCGUGCUAACUCUUUCACAAAAACAUCUCAAAGUAAAAAAAAAAGAAAAAAUCAUCGCCAUAUAGCUUCCCGUGGAAUUGUGACUAAUCCAGUGAUUGCGAGAUUGUGAGAAAUCAAUUUGUCGAGACGAGCGUUGAGGAGAGCCAAGGAUACAUUUAUUUAUUAGUGAGAUAUGAAAACAUCCAUUGAUGAAAGUCAUGGUCAUCAUACGUAGACAUCGUGCAUUGUCAAAGGGCCACAAUAUGUGACCCACAAAGCAGUAGUAACUCCGAUCGAUUACAUCUUUUUAUUCCUCCACGUUGUGAAUAUUUUGUCGGAUCUACCCGAAAAAAACAACAAAGAUAGGCGUUAUCCCCCACCGCCAUAGGCGCUACCAUUUUAGUUCUAUCGAGCUCAUCGAACAGGCGAACAAGUGGAGAAGACACGACCAAAUAUCAAGGAGAAUAACAAAAACAUUGAGGAUUUCGUUAGCACGCGGUGGAGUGAAUGAGGAAAAUGAGACUUCAAGUGACAGAUAAACGAUGGAAAUCGUAGCUUUUGCACUCCCACGCGUCGAUUGAUACUGCAUGUUGCAAUCACAGCAGCACGUGUCCGUGUAUUUUGAGAUUGUCAGACUCGUUGGGAGCCACCAUUUGUAUUAUUGACAGUCGUCGGGCUUUGUUUACACCUUGUGGUUUUAACGCAGUCGAGUGAUGACAGCCCCUUUGUUCUUGUCUCUGUUCAUGAGUGGUGGUGGUUUUUGAUAUUUUAUCAUCCCUUAUUUGUCAAGAUAAUUGAUUCGAUUGGCUUUCAAUUUGUCGAUUUAUUUAUCGAGGUGAACAGAGAGAAAUUUAAAUAGUGGAAUUGUGGUAGGAGUGAGGGACAAUGGGGGAUUCAAAUUUUUCCGAAUAUUUGUUUGAAUUUGGAAUUAAUGCAAUGGAUACACUGGUGAAGCAGGAACCAGUCCAGGGUUUGGAGAUGGGAUUGGCCUCGGCUUCGGUUCCAAUUCCUGGAGGACAUCGGGGAACUCGUGGUGGAUAUGAUCAAUUGUCUCCUUCACCGAUUGGUGUUCUACCCAUAUGGGGGACUAGAACAGAUCAGGAUGAGCUGCAGAACAGAAAUGAUUCGGAUCCGGUGGAUAUUGGAUAUCCCAUGGAGGAUGAUGAUAUUUUUCAAGUGGAUAAAGCGGAUUUGAUUCAGUCACCGACUUUGGCUGAACUCAAUUGCAGUGACGAUAUACUUCUGGGUGAUCUCAAUUUUGAUGAUCUAAUUCUGCCUCCUCCUGACGAUCGACUACAACCUUUCAGGGCUGAUACAAUCAUCGAGACUGGUGGCACUUUGUUCAGUGGAGGACUCACUAAUUUUACACCCGGCAGUUGUCCGCAGUCCGCUAUUUCUUACAGAAAUUACACUCCUUACACUACUACCUCGGCAUUCAGCUACAAUGGCAUUGGAAUCAUUGAUAAUCUCGAGGCUGUCAGCCCACCUGCAUAUCCCAGUCCGAGUACCAGUAAUUUUGCAGGGAGUUCAACCGCAAGUUCAUCGAUAUCUCCUCAUCCGAUCGUGAGACCCACAGCCCAGUCGACCCUACAUGAGCUUCUCAUGAGAAAGGCUGAGAAUGUGUCUACCUGCAAUCCGAUGGACACAUCCUCCCCGAUGGAGACAGGUGCAACUCGUGUAAAGUCCUCUUGGAUCUCGACGUCCGCUCCAGCCCAAUCGAUGGGUCUGGACCAAUUGUGGGCGAGACGAGAGCCUCGUGAACAUCUUGUCAGCACCAGUAGCACUGGAGUUGUCGAGGCAGGUUCUACCAGCAGUCUCAGUACUGGAUCCGCACUAAGUCCAGAUCCUCCGGUGCAUAUAGAGGGCCUGGGACAGAUCGAGCCCCUCAGUCAUGACGAGGAUUAUGACGACACUGAUUAUGAUAGUGAUCGUUACUCCGAUUACACCAGUGACAAUGAGAGUGGGGGAAGUGAUGGAGAGGAUCAAGGCAGUAUUAAAGGGAGCAGCGAGGGGCGUAAACCGAAAUCUAGCAAGGAGGAGAAGUAUUUCUGGCAGUAUAACGUGCAAGCCAAAGGACCCAAAGGCCAAAGACUGGUGGCACGUGCUCGUCUGGAGAAUCCACAUAUCCUCAAUCAGCCGCAUGACCCUGUUUUCAGUCCCCAGUGUGCACUCAGGGGAAUAAAACACAGUGGAAAAGCUAGAAAGGGCGAUGGAAACGACCUCACACCGAAUCCCAGGAAAUUGUACAGCAUUGGACGAGAGUUGGAUAAGUUAGCUCGGGUUAUCAAUGACAUGACACCAGUCUCAGAGUUGCCAUUCACUGCUAGACCGAAAACAAGGAAGGAGAAGAAUAAAUUGGCCUCCAGGGCUUGUCGGCUGAAGAAGAAGGCACAGCAUGAGGCGAAUAAAAUUAAAUUACACGGACUUGAACAGGAACACAAACGUCUCAUUCAAGGGAUUGCGCAGAUGAAGGGCACCCUAGCUAAAAAACUGGCCGAUCCAAAUGUAGAGAACCAGGAAGACCUCACUCGGCAAAUGGAUAAAAUCGUCAAAUCAGCAACAAAGGGUAAUGCUUUUGUUUCAGAAGUUCGUAUAGCAAGUCACUCAACUGAUUUCGUCAAUAAAGUCCUUGACAAAGUGAAAUCUGGAGUUGCUGAUGGGGGUAUUGACGACUUUUAGUACAGAUUUGUUAGAUUGUUCCUCACACAUCGAUUGUGGAAUGCAGAGAACGAAAGACAGUCUAACCGUGCACACAGCGAUAUAUUUUCGUAGUUAUCGUUGACAAAUUAAGAGUUUAAUUUUUUAAUUAUUGUUUUCUCAUCUCUUCAGAGUCAUUUAAAAUUUUACUAUUUGAAACGUAAUGGAAGGCGGAAUAUUUGAUAAACGGGGAAAAAAAAUUGAAGAAUCGAAAUGUUUAUUGAAAAAAUUCUUAAUGCACUCUGGGUGAUAUUUAAAAAGUGAUUGCAUUAAUUUAGAGUAGGAUUUCCUCUCGAGCAUAGUUGGCUGACAUGGUCUACCUCAAACGAAACGCUAUACCUGCUGAAAAAAAAUAAACCUUUGAAAGAAUAUAGAGUAUACAUUGUCGGGAAAUAUGAUAUAACGAUAUAUAACUAUAUUUUACGUUUAGAUAUUAGGCUGCUGGGACAGCUCUGGUAGCUGGAAGCGCUUCUAUCCUAAGAGAUCUAUAAUACGUGAAUAUAACGUUUGAUUUUUAAAUAUAUUUUAUUAAUAUAUUCCAUAGGUAUAUGACGCCUACUGUUAAUCAAAUCAGAUGCGAUCAGGAUGCAAAGGAUUUAUCUUUUGUACAGUAAUUUUCACUAUGGAACCAGAAUCCUCGAAUUUUAUGUCAAUUGGGAAUUGCCUAGGAUGAUUUUUUUACGCUAAUGGAGGGAAAAACAUAGAAAAUAGGGGGACAAUUAUACAAUUUUGGAGGAAACCAUUUUUUAUGGACAUAUGGAAUAUCUUUCGUGGUAAGGGACAUCGGCUUUGGGCGUUUUUUUUAUCUGUGGGAAGUUUUUUCGCCUAUUACUGAUACAAUGGAUUUUUACGUUUAUGUGCCAGAUUAUUUUAAGUAUAAGUCAUCAAAUGAUUCGUUAUUUUUAUUUUGUAUCUUACUACUUUGAAUUUUAUAAUAUAUUUUUCCACGAGUGGUUUUUACUUGUUAAGAUGGUGUUUUUUUUUUUGUUUGGUUUUUAUGACAACAGGUACGAGUUGUAGUUUAUACUCUAAGUUUGUAGGAUAUUUCGUCGAUGUAAAUAGAUGUGAUUUCUUUGAGUUUA